CAGGCUUUGAACACAAUCCAGAUUGUGAUGAGGAUAUGAUCUACAGUGGAGACACGAUCAUCCUUUUUUCCUCCCAGGAACCAUGCAUGUCGCAAUAAAAAAAAACUGUAACAUGCUGUACGAGCGUCUAGUAAUUCACGCAAACAUGGUCACCUCCCACUGGCACAGGCUGCCCGUCGAUCGGUGUCACAAUUACCUUAUCUGCAGCUGUGUACACAGACUCUCGUGGGCUCCAUAUACCGACAUUUGCUAAUCUGCCGCCAGUCAAUCAGGUGCAUCUUCGUGCAUAGCCUCGAGAAUGUCGAGAUUCUUUUCUGAUCUGUGAUUUCAUAUUCCUACCUGGUAGUCCAUAUAAAGAGGUGCGCCAUAUUGUUGGCUACUGAAAAUUUGUCAACGGCGCCUCUUCUGCCGUUCCAUCUAUUUACGAUGGUCAAUAUCCACGAUGUAGCAGCCCGAAAACGAACGGAGCGCGAGGCAAAGCUAUCCACAUAUCGCAAAGGGCGCAUUCAUCUUCCAAAUGAUGCCGUCGACGUGUCACAGUACCCGCUUGGCAAGCUUACAGAGACAGAGCGUAUCAUCGUUCAUUGUGAUGCAACGGCGAUCGUAGAUUUGAUUCGCAAGCGAGUCUAUACUGCGCAGGACGUUCUGCGAGCGUUCGUCAAAGUAGCGGUGGCUGCCCAAGACGUCACCAACUGUCUUUCAGAAGUUUUGCUCGAUGAAGCAUUCUUACAAGCCAGCAAGCUUGACCGAUAUCUGGAAAAAACUGGAAACGUCAUAGGACCACUACACGGUUUGCCAGUUUCCAUCAAAGAUCACAUCAAAAUCAAAGGUCUGGAUACUUCGUCAGGGUAUCUUGGCUGGGCGUACAAAACCGUCGCGGACAAUGACGCACUGGUGGUAGAAAUUCUACGCAACGCCGGUGCGAUUCUAUACGUCAAAACACAGAGUCCGCAAACUUUACUUUCACUGGAGACGGACAACAACGUGUUCGGCAAGACUCUUAAUCCGUUUAAUCGCAAUUUAACCCCAGGAGGAAGCAGUGGUGGCGAGGGAGCGCUUAUAGCAUGUCAUGGUAGCCCAAUGGGCGUUGGAACCGAUAUCGGUGGGAGCAUUCGGAUCCCCGCAGCCCAUUGUGGUUUGUAUGGGCUGAAAGGAUCAGUGGCUCGUCUGCCACAUUCUGGUCUUCUGGGCUCGCAUGACGGGAUGGAUGCAAUCGUGGGUUGUGUCGGACCGUUGGCAAGGUCUGCAAGGGACCUCGAGUUAUUCUGUCGAGUUAUGCUCGAUGCAGAGCCAUGGCUCAAUGAACCUCCACUCCUAGAAAUGCCAUGGAAAAGAGGUGUGGCGAACGGGGAAGGAUUACCAGAAAAACUUGCGAUUGCUGUCCUUUUUGACGAUGGCGUUGUUGCACCGCAUCCUCCGAUUACGCAGGCUUUGAACAAAUACAAACAAGCCUUAGCACGUGCUGGACACGAUGUAAUUGAAUGGCAAGCUGUGGAUCAUCAGAAUGGAUGGGAUCUCAUUACGAAGCUAUAUUUACUAGAUGGCGGAGCAGAGUACCACGAAACCAUUAGUGCAGGCGGAGAGUCCGAGGUACCUCAGACGGAAUGGAUCCUCGAGCACGCACAGGGACGAGGCCCGUAUACGCCCGCAGAUAUGUUCAAGCUCAACUUGGAACGGGAAGCGAUCCGCUCAAAAGCAUUAGCACACUGGAAUGCUACUCAACGACGUACUGUUAGUGGGCGUCCUGUGGAUGUCAUCCUCUGUCCGGUUGCGCCCACAUUAGCUCCGCCCCAUAACACAACUAGCUGGUGGGGUUAUACUUCUCAUUGGAAUCUGUUAGACUUGCCAGGCGUUGUCUUUCCCGUUGACCGGUUCACAGCCAAGGCAUCUGCCACUUACCCACCUCUUCCACAUUCAAGGAAUGAUGUUGAAAAUUUUAUUCAUAGCCAAUGGAAUCCAGCCACAUAUGAUAAUGCUCCCAUAUGUCUACAACUCGUAGGUCGGAGGCACAACGAGGAGAAGUUGUUGGCUAUGCUAAAUGUUGUGGAAAAAGCGUUCAAAGAGAAUGCCUUGUAAGAGGACAACAAGUAGAGGGUUUAACGUUCAUUCGUAGUAUCUAGUGUUAUGUAAUAUGUCCGAUUCCAUAGAAUGCAAAUACGCUCAAUGAUUGAA